ACAGCCAAAGCAAUUUGUAGCUUCCAACACACAUAUUCGCAGACGACAAGUUCUCCACGCAACCCCUCACCGGCCACGACAUACGCCACCCUAAGCAGACCACGGCAAAAAGGUUGCCGACGCAGCCCGUGCAGCCCGCAGCACCCCAGUAAGCGUUUGUCAAAAACUGGCCUGACAGAGGCAGUGAGUUUCCCGAAACGACGCGCUGCAGAGCGCGGGGUGGAGGCCCGAGGUUGUCUGGCGAUGGUUUGGAUAAAACUCCGCUUCUUUCUCCACUGUGGUCGACGGAAUCAGUCGACUUUCUGCGUCCUAUCCCAACGUCAACGUCAACGUCAACGUCAACGUCAACGUCAACCCCGCCGCUGCAACUUUUGUGUCUGCAACGCUGCAACUCUGCACCAUCACCACCACCACUACUACCACUGUUUUUGUUGCUGCUGCUGCUGCUGCUUGUCAAGAUGCUUAUCCAGGAAAGCUAUAAGGAUGUGCCUACGAAGGAGGGCGGAAACAUGCGCAUUUUCAUGUUCCACCCUACCAUCCAUGGGUACCCCAAGGCGAAGUUCCCCGGUGUGGUCGUCUUCAGCGAAAUUUAUCAAGUAACGGGCCCCGUGCAGCGCUUCGCGCGCCGCAUCGCCGGCGAAGGAUACAUCGUCGCCGCGCCCUCCAGCUACCACGAAUUCACUGGCCCGGAGCCACUCGCGUACGACGGGCCGGGCACCGACGCCGGCAACGCGUGGAAAGUGACCAAGAAGCUGGCCGCGUACGACGAGGACGCGUCGCUGGCUGUGGACACGCUGCUCGCACUCGAGACGUGCAACGGCCGCGUCGGCACCACGGGUAUGUGUCUUGGUGGCCACUUGGCGUACCGCUGCGCCCUGGACAAGCGCGUCGCGGCUGCCGUCUGCUUUUUUGCUACCGAUAUCCAUGCACGCAGUUUGGGCGAGGGUAAGAAUGAUGAUAGCUUGAAGCGCGCGGGCGAUAUCAAGGGCGAGUUGGUUAUGAUCUUCGGCAAGAAGGACAACCACGUCCCCCCCGAGGGCCGCGACCUCAUCCGCAAGACGCUCCACGACGCGGGCGUGACGUUCAACUUUUACGAGCACGCGCACGCGCAGCACGCCUUCAUCCGCGACGAGCUCUCCAAGGGCCGCUACGACCCCGCCGUCACCGGCAUCUGCUGGCAGAUGCUGCUCGAGCUGUUCGGACGCACGCUGCGCUCGGACCUGGGGCCGCGCGAGGGCGGCGAGCAGGAGAUCGAGGACGUGUGCUAAACUUGCUGGAAACGUACGAGACGUAGUAGAUAAGAAGAGUUAAGCUCGAGAGGAGAGGAUGGUGUUCCUGCCCGUUGAUGUCGAUACAAAAAAGCCAGUACAAACGCAAUCAAACCCCAUCACCAGGCCUCAAUGCCCGUCUGUCUUACAAUGUGUACUCCACUAUACUCUACUGUACUCUACGCGUCAAAGCCGAGCCAGCAUCGAC